CGCGUGACGCAACUGGCCACCUGUCCCAUAGCAGCACACCGGUGUCCGAGAACCAAUUUUACAAAGCCAUGGCGUCGACCUACCACUAUCGGCUACCAUGACUGCUGCACCCCCAGCGUUCGCAUCCCGCUGCCGCUUCCCGAUGGCCUCCACCGGCCCCCUCGGGGUCACGGUGUCCACAUCGGAGAGUGUUGGUCAGAAUGACUUGCUGAUUGUCGGGCCUGGUGUGCUUGGUCGAAUCGUAGCUGAGAAAUGGCGACAGGAGCAUCCAGAUUGCAAAAUUUAUGGCCAGACUGCAACCACAGAUCAUCACAGUGAACUAACUAAAAUUGGGAUAAUUCCCUCCCUGAAGGGACCCAGAGUUGAUCAGAAAGUUCCAUACGUUAUUUUUUGUGCUCCUCCAUAUCGCACGGAUGAUUACCCUGGGGAUCUUAGAGUUGCUGCAUCAAACUGGAGUGGGGAAGGUUCUUUCCUGUUUACAUCAAGUACUGCCGUGUAUGACUGCAAUGACAAUGGAUUUUGUGGCGAGGAUUCUCCUUGUGUGCCGAUUGGUAGGAGUCCUCGGACUGACGUCCUUCUAAAAGCAGAAAAUGUCGUCCUCGAGGCAGGAGGCUGUGCCCUGAGGCUAGCAGGGCUUUAUAAAAAGGAUCAAGGUCCUCAUGUUUUCUGGUUGUCAAAAGGAACUGUAGAUGCACGACCAGAUCUCAUAAUCAGUAUGAUCCAUUAUGAAGAUGCUGCUUCGCUUGGAAUUGCCAUCAUGAAGAGGAAACUUCGCGGGCGUGUCUUUGUGGGCUGUGACAACCAACCUCUGUCCAGGCAAGAAAUCAUGGACCGUGUUAACAGGAGCGAGAAAUUUGACGGCAAGUUUGAGGGCUUCACAGGUACAGACGGUCCAUUGGGGAAGAGGAUGGAUAAUUCCAAAACUCGGGCUGAGAUCGGUUGGGAGCCCAAAUAUCCUAGUUUCACAGAAUUCCUUGGUCUCAGCAAUUGACAUCUUGCCAGCUGCGACAUCCCUCUGAUUCCAGAUGUAAAUCAAUGCAGCCAACUUGAUAGCGGAUACAAUCUACAUUAUGAAUUUCUUCGAGAGUUGUCCUAAAGUUCCUCCUUAUGUUAGUGUAAGCAUGGUAAAUCGGUGUAUCAUAAGAUGGUGCAAUGCAUGGUCAAGAUUUGCAAAGGGUACCAUACUAGUAGCAUUUUCUUUUUGCGUGGAAACAAGGGACAUGUAUUAAUCAACCUGGAAGACGUUGGUUUUGUAUGUAUUUUUCCUUUUUGAAAA